GAUGUGAGCAUGCACAGGAAGGGAAGGUGAGGGAGGGUCUUGUCCAGGAGCCCCUCCCUCAGCCCAGGCGUGUCUCCUCCUCCUCCUCCUCUUCUCCACAUCUGGCGGAGGCGUGGCGAGGGAGAAGGCGGGCAAUCCAGCCCAGAAUCCCCCUUCUCGCUGGAACAAGGGGGCUGCCUCGAAGGCCAGGGCGAGGGGAGGCCUUGUUUUGGGUCUGGGGGCAAAGCUUGACCCUGACCCGGCCGCCAAAGAGGACCCAGAGGAGGCGAAGCUGCAGCAGCCACAGCAUCCCUGCGCCCUGCCCACCUUUCUGCUCCUCCUUUGCAAUGGAUGCUCCUUCUCGCAGGACUCCUCCGUGGCCUUUCCACGUCUUUUUCCUUCUCGUUGUGGUGAGUGAUGCCAGGGAGGUCCACCUGCCCCCGGGGCCCUUAUACCGAGUGGAGGGCACCCCUCUUUCCAUCCCUUGCAAUGUCUCGGAGUACGAGGGCCCGACCGUACAGCAAUUCGAGUGGUUCGUCUACCGCCCGGCGGCUCCCGACAUCUCCAUCGGCAUCAUCAGCACCAAAGACCCCAAGUUCCCCUAUGCGGUCUUUGGGGCCCGAGUGCAGUCCGGGAACGUGUCCAUCCACCGGGUGCGAGGGGACGCCGUGGAGCUACGGAUCAAGGAUCUACGCAUGGAGGACUCGGGCGUCUACGAGUGCUAUACCCCAACCACGGACUCCAAGUAUCACGGCACCUAUAGCGCCAAGGUGGAGCUCAGAGUUAUGCCCAACAAGCUCUCGGUAUCUGCAGCAGCUUCUCCCUCGGUCACGAAGUCCCCAUUCCAGGGCCGUGGGGCCGCGGCCAGCGCCCCAUUGCCAGUGACCCUCCUGGAGAGCCAAGACCUGCAGCUCACCUGUGCAGCGGCAAGCGAGACCCAGCAGCACACCCACCUCUCGGUUUCCUUUGGCUUUUCCGCGACUGUGGAUCUCCGGACACAGCAGGAGGUGAUCGGGGUCCGGCGAGAUUUUGCGGUGGUGCCCGGGGAACGUUUCGCUGAACGGCACAGAACCCGAGAGCUGUCUGUGGACAAGGUGGGCGACCGGCAGUACCGCAUGGCACUGGGUUGGCUGAGACCACAAGAUGCCGGCGUGUACCACUGCACGGCCGGAGAGUGGAUCCAAGACCCCGACGGCAGCUGGACACAAAUUGCCGCAAAACAGGUAGCGCUGGCACAAGUCUCCGUCCAAACCAUAGCGAACCGUCUUGCAGUGUCGGCAAGCCCUCCCAGCGUUGGGAUCAGCUCCGGAGAAGCCCUGGAACUCCUUUGCAACACCUCAGGAAUUGAGGCUGCCCUUUUGCCUCAUGUUACCCUCUCGGUCAGCUGGCAUCUGGGCAAGGGACCUGCGGAGGAAGGGCGUCUCGUGGCCCAGCUUGGCGUGGACGGAGCGGUCAUCUUGGGCGAGAGCUAUGCCAACCGCAACGUGGGCAACCGACAUGUGUCUUUACAAAAGUUGGAGUCUCCUGCUGGCUUCUACCAGCUGCGGAUCGAGGCAGCCCAGCCGGGGGAUGUGGGCACGUACCAGUGUGUGGCGCGGGCAUUUGUCCAUUCUCCUACUUCACUGUUACGCGAAGUGGCCAGUGGCAGGUCAGAGGCACUGACGGUGGACAUGAAAUCAGAAGCCGUGGUUCUGGAUGCUACUGCGUGGCUUCUCUUCCCCACUAUCUACCGGGGGGAUAUGGCUGACGUGCGAUGCAACGUCUCGGUGGACUCCAUCCAACCCGUCUCCCUGGCACUCAGCUGGUGGGUAGAGCAGCAUGAAGAGGAGGAGUCGGAGCCGCGUGGCACCAUGCUCGCCGCAGUCAGCCGCGAAGGGGUGGCCGACCUUGGGACCCGGCUCUCCGGCGGUGCCCUGAGCGUGGACAAGGUCGGCCCGCUCAGUCACCGCCUUCGUCUUCAUGGGGUCCAACCUUCGGAUGAAGGGAAGUACCAUUGUGCCGUCACCGCUUGGGUGCGCUACCCUGACCAGAGUUGGUACAAGGCUGGAUCCGUGAAGUCAAACGUCGUCACCGUGUACCCAUAUGCACUGCCCAUGGACACCUUAUUCAUCCCACUGCUGGCUGGCGUCUCCAGUGCCAUCUUCAUGGGGGUCACCAUCCUCGUCACUGUCACCUGCUGCUUCAUGAAGAGGCUCCGAAAGAGGUGAAGGCGGCCAGGGAGGCAAGAGGUUCUUCAUCCAUCUUCAUUGCUUGUCCCGUUCAAUGGUUGUGAUGAUUCGUGGUCCAUUCUCUCUGUGUCGGCAAGCAGCUGGGGCAGGAAACCCCCGUUAUCGUCAUCCGUCCCGCAUUGGUAUCGCUUACUGUGGACUGAACACGUGGUUGCAGCAUUGCACACUUGGCACUCUCUUUCCCAACCGCUCCUGGUACCUUUCAAUUCCAACUCAGAUUGCUUUUUUCCACCAACAUAUUACUCUUUCUUUUCCAAUCGGCAUAUGUGUUCGUAUUCGCAUGUCACAAGGACCACUUCAUCCAACCACUGCUUGGGAUCUGUUCCAAAGAGGAUACUCAUCCUCACAACUUUUUGUCUUGACCUUCUGUUUACUGAAACUAUGGCCAAACCGCAACACAUCCCAACCUCUCAUCUGAUUUUGGGGGUGGGAAAGAGAUGAAAGCCUUGAAUGAGAGGCCGCUGGGAAGCUGCCUACAAAAACGCUGGUAUUCGCUGCUGCCUUGACAGCAAGGAUCGGACUUCAAAUGGAGACGUCUUCCCAGGUUCCUUUGCUGAAGGUAUCCAGGCUCAGCUUCCAGUGGCAUCCUUGGGAUGGGCAAUGGAGAAGAAUCCUGACUGAACAUCUUCUGGUCAGAGCUGUCCCUAGGUAAUUUUCAAGAGUAGGCGAGCCAAAUUUUGGUAUAUCAGGGCCUCAGGAUACAAAGCAUAUUUACACAGUUCCAAGAGUAGGAGUGGGAUGGAUGGUAACAGGAGCCAGAAAGAUGUGAAUCAAGACCCUUACCUUAAAUUUUCAAAGAACUGCAUAAGGUGAUACUGAUCUUCUGGAUCUUUACUGUGGUCAGUUAGAGUUGAUGUGUAAAAGCCACGGAAGGCGGGCCAGGCCGGCCGGAAAAUGGCGCCACAGACAAGUGCCUAGUUGGCCUGGCGGUUGAACCGCCUCUGCUUCCGGUCUAAGUUGACAACGCCAGGGUAAAAUACAAGGGUGUUUUCCCACAUUGUCCAACUUGGAGAUCCAAAGUAUCCUCUCGGAGUUGUGUCUGACGGAUACUCCUAAUCCAUAAGUUAGUGCACUGCCCACUGUUCUUGCUCACCAGCAAGGUUGUUCUGUAAGCCUCAGCCACCUCCGGAAUGGGAUUCCUUUUCAUUGAAGGACAAAAUGAAUGCAUGUCUCUGGGAAAACAAAUUGGGAGGAAUCGUCAAAGCCAUGGGGUGGGGAAGAGGGGAGGGAGGGAGGGGACCUUCUUUGGUGCCAAAUGAACUGGUGGGAGGGACCACACUUUGACUUUGUUUUGUUGGAGCAUCUGCUUGCUAGAAGGAAACCUUAGGGCUCAGCACAAAAGUCGUAACAACCAGAUUUGGCACCGACCAAGGCUGUUUUUUCCCUAGGUGAGGAAAUGGACAGGUCUGCACAGAACAGAACCUCGACCAGAAUGGUUCAUAUAUAUUUUUGUACAUGCUUGCUGAAUGCUAACGGAGUUGAAUUUGGAAUGGUAUGGAUACCCUAAAUAUUAAAAUCCUGCCACGAGGCACCACAAUC